UAGAAUAGAUCGAGUCAAUUCAGUGCCCUUAGCUUUAUUAUUAGUAUUACUUAAAGUUCUGACGUGAUCUGUCUGUCGACUCUAGCCGACUCUUCUAGUCUAGGUCUCGACUAGGACUAGGGCCUGGUCUAGACUAGAGGCUAGUAAUGAAAUAGAUAGUAGAUCUAGACUCACACUAGAGUACCCCUAAUAUGGAGUCAGGAGACAGUAACAUCCAUGUUUGCCUACAAUCUGAAGAUGUAAAGUUUGAUGAUAUCCAAGACCAAACUGUGCACCCUGACUUAAUUCAAAUAAAGGCUGCCAGUGAAGAUGAGGUAUUAAGAAGAAUAGAAGCUUUCAUUAGGAACAAAAGAAAUGAGGUGAAUGAGAGAAACAUUCGAGAAUUUAUUUCACCUAUAUUAGCAGAUAGUGAAAACAGUUGUGCCAGGACAGAAGCAAUAUAUAUUCACAGAGAAGGUGAAAAGAGCCACAUAAGUUUAAAAAAGGUGGAGAAUGCUUAUGGGCCUCAGACACGAGUUGCAGAAGAUGAGGUUUAUUUUGGUAACAGACAUACCCAGAUGCUUGCUGAUGAACAGCGUGCAGAGGCAGUAGAGGAACGACUGGCUAACAUGGAAGCUCAUUUGAAUAUGGCUAAAGAGAGUAAUAAUAUUUAUGCAAGACUUAAAGCUCUGGAGACUAGAAUAAGUUUUCUUGAGGGUGUAUCACCAGAAUACUUUAGAAAUGGAAUUCCCCAAAGCCAACCAAAUAUUCCGGCUACAACAAAACAAGAGGAAAUCCUGUUUACAAACACCAAACAGGUGGAAAGCUUAUCAGAUAUAAACAACAGAAUUCAUCAGCUCAAGCAAUCCCUAAAACAGAAAGCUGGAUUUCAUAAAUAUGAUUGAAAAGUAUUUUGGAACUGUUGUAGGUUUUAUGGUAUUUUAGAAAUAGUAAAAUAUAUAAUGGGCAACUAUCAGGCCUAUCAGGUUUUCAAUUUCUUCUUGGAAAUGUAUUUUCAAAUGCAUGUGCAAUUGUUUAGGGCACUUUUAAUAAUUUUACUGUUAUUAAACUUUGAUGCCUGACAAAAGUAUGAUUUUAAAAUAUUAUUGUACUUAUAUAAUUCAUGUUAAAUUUAAAUAUUUUUUACAUCUUUUAUUGUAUUUUGAGACCAUUAAGUCUAAA